GCUGCCGCGGCGGGCGGAUCUGCAGGAGGCGGCGGCGGCGGCGGCGGCCGAGGCCGAGGGAAGAUGGCGGACGGCGUGGACCACAUAGACAUUUACGCGGAUGUGGGCGAAGAGUUCAACCAGGAAGCAGAAUAUGGUGGACAUGAUCAGAUAGAUUUGUAUGAUGAUGUCAUCUCUCCAUCUGCAAAUAAUGGCGAUGCCCCAGAAGAUCGAGAUUACAUGGAUACUCUCCCUCCAACCGUUGGUGAUGAUGUGGGGAAAGGAGCAGCACCAAAUGUUGUCUAUACAUAUACUGGAAAGAGAAUUGCAUUGUAUAUUGGAAACUUAACAUGGUGGACAACAGAUGAAGACUUGACCGAAGCAGUCCAUUCUUUGGGAGUAAAUGAUAUUUUGGAGAUAAAAUUUUUCGAGAAUCGGGCAAAUGGCCAGUCAAAGGGGUUUGCCCUCGUUGGUGUUGGAUCUGAAGCAUCUUCAAAAAAGUUAAUGGAUUUGUUGCCUAAAAGAGAACUUCAUGGUCAGAAUCCUGUUGUAACUCCAUGCAAUAAACAGUUCCUGAGUCAAUUUGAAAUGCAGUCCAGGAAAACUACACAAUCAGGACAAAUGUCUGGGGAAGGUAAAGCUGGUCCUCCAGGAGGCAGUUCACGUGCAGCAUUUCCACAAGGUGGUAGAGGACGGGGCCGUUUUCCAGGGGCUGUUCCCGGUGGGGACAGAUUUCCUGGGCCAGCAGGACCAGGAGGGCCACCCCCUCCUUUUCCAGGAAAUUUGAUCAAGCAUCUUGUUAAAGGAACUCGGCCUUUGUUCCUGGAAACUAGGAUUCCAUGGCAUAUGGGGCACAGCAUAGAGGAAAUACCCAUUUUUGGCCUAAAAGCUGGACAGACUCCGCCACGUCCACCCUUGGGUCCUCCAGGCCCACCUGGCCCACCAGGUCCUCCACCUCCUGGUCAGGUUCUGCCACCUCCUCUAGCCGGGCCUCCUAAUCGAGGAGAUCGCCCUCCACCACCAGUUCUGUUUCCUGGACAACCUUUUGGGCAGCCUCCACUGGGUCCACUUCCUCCUGGCCCUCCACCUCCAGUUCCAGGCUACGGCCCCCCUCCUGGUCCACCACCUCCACAACAGGGACCACCUCCACCACCAGGCCCUUUUCCACCUCGCCCACCUGGUCCACUUGGACCACCCCUUACACUCGCUCCUCCUCCGCAUCUUCCGGGACCACCGCCAGGUGCCCCGCCGCCAGCUCCACAUGUGAACCCGGCUUUCUUUCCUCCGCCAACUAACAGUGGCAUGCCUACAUCCGAUAGCCGAGGUCCACCACCUACAGACCCAUAUGGCCGACCGCCACCGUAUGAUAGGGGUGACUAUGGCCCUCCGGGAAGGGAAAUGGAUACUGCAAGAACACCAUUGAGUGAAGCUGAAUUUGAAGAAAUCAUGAAUAGGAACAGGGCAAUCUCAAGCAGUGCUAUUUCAAGAGCUGUGUCUGAUGCCAGUGCUGGUGAUUAUGGGAGUGCUAUUGAGACUUUGGUAACUGCAAUUUCUUUAAUUAAACAAUCCAAAGUAUCUGCUGAUGAUCGUUGCAAAGUUCUUAUUAGUUCUUUGCAAGAUUGCCUUCAUGGAAUUGAGUCCAAGUCCUAUGGUUCUGGAUCAAGAAGACGUGAACGAUCAAGAGAGAGGGACCAUAGCAGAUCACGAGAAAAGAGUCGGCGUCAUAAAUCCCGUAGUAGAGAUCGCCAUGAUGAUUACUAUAGAGAGAGAAGCAGAGAACGAGAAAGACAUCGGGAUCGGGACCGAGAUCGGGACCGAGAACGUGACCGAGAGCGAGAGUAUCGUCAUCGUUAGAAGCUGAAGGAAGAGGAACACCUUCCAAGACAAAGCAGCCUUCAUGGGGGAAAAUGAUGCUUGUCCAGCAGUUUGCUUCUUGUGAUUGAACUGAACGUGUAAGGAUUCAUGGAUAAAAUGAACAGGAAUAGAUCUGAAUAAAGCAAAUCUGCAUAAAUGGUAACCAGUAGCUCUACUUUUAUUUUUUAUGUUGCUUAACUGUUUUAUUUGAAGGAAACCUGUGUGAUUUAAAAAGUUAUAGCUUUUGCAACUUUAUUACUGGUUAUAUACAUUUGGCCAUUAUAAUGUGCAAGCAAUUGGAAAAAGUCAAGUAUUUGCUUGUUUUUAUAGUAGUUUGUUCUUGUUAAAAAUGUUCAUAUGAUAAUGUCUGUAAACAGCACCACUUUGAUUACAAUAGAUGUAGUGUUGUAAUAAACUGUUUAAUGGGGCUGAUGUGUAAAGCUGUUCAAGUUAUUUGAUGUUUACACCUCAGGGAAAGUCUUGUGUUCAGCAAUAUCUAAAGAUAAUGUUACUAUGACAACAUUUUUACUGUCCUUUAAAAAAGCAUUGCAAUAGCGUUUUGGAUAUGCAUCAAUCUAAUCUUGCGUUCAGUGAAUUAAACAUACUAAUUAAGUGUCUCUUGCCCUUGGUUUUGAUAUUAGAAUAGGUGAUCACAUGGAAAUUUAAUAUUUCUAUAUUCUGCUUUUCUAGCUGUUUUUACCUAGUUAGCUUGUGAUUUUGCUGAAUGGUAUGUAAACUUGUAAAAACUGAAAUUUGACAGAUGUAGCAAUCCAGUCAAUGUGUUAGGGAUCAAGAAAAUUUGAGAUUUUAACAUUUUAGUAAAAAAAUACCAUACAUGUUUGCUGUAGUAAUGCAGCUUAAUUACAACACAGAUGUACUGAAACACUUCAUUGUGAACUGCUAGCAUUGAAGAGAUUUUGACAGUUCUGAUUUGAUGCUGCAGUUAUUUGCUGUGUUUUUUAUUGAUGGUGCUUAUGGUUUAGCUUUGAAACCAUGGGCAGUAUAAAUACAGCCAUGCAGCAGAUAAAUCUGAGUAAAGAGACCCUCAGUUUUAUUUUCAGUUUGCAUAGAUUUCUGAAGAUUGUGAUACUUACUAACAUUGGGCUGUAUUCUCCAGUGAGAGUCAUGGAAGGUUAUAGGCAUACCCUGUCUCCAUAGUUCAAGGAAGUCUGUGUAUAUUCAUGUAACCUGUUGAUUCAUGCUAGAGUUAUUUAAUCAAAGAUGUUCUUUCAAACCUAUUGUACAUGUAGGCCCACUGUAGGAGCACCUGGCUGGUGUGUGUUCUUAAUUGCAGAAUUUAGCAGAGGCAGAAUGUUGACUUGAUCAGAUAUUUUUAUAGGAAGGUAAUUCUGAAUCACUACUUCAGAAAUUUGAGUAAAAUCCUUCAGCCAGUUAAUAUGUUUUUAAAUAUAGUUUUAAGAUCUGAUUAUCUUUUUGAGAGAUCUUUUGGUGAUACACAUUGUUUUUUAAAGUGUAGCCAAAUUUUAGAAUAAUGCUUAAAGUAUUAGGUGUACCAUAGAUGUUAGACAGUGUGCAGCUGUAGAAACCUUCAGAGAUUUGCACUGCCAUUCUUCAGUCUCUUCUUGUCUGCUGUCCAGUUACUUCUCACAAAAUUAGCUGUUUCAGGUUCUCCAUAGUACUGCCAGUUUUAUUUUAAAACAUUAUGUGCUUGGAGUAUUUGUGCAUGGAAUCAUUGGUGUUUAUGGAACUGUUUGCUCUCAGAAAUGAUACUUUGUUUUAAUCUCGUUGAAAUGCAGUUGCCUUUUAAACAUUAUUUGAGUUGUAUCAAAAUCUAUUUUCUGUUUUUGUGAAUAGGUGUUGUAAGUUUUUGUUAUUUCUUAGCUUUUUUAUAUUUUAAUUACAAUGUGAAGAAGUAUGGGCAUAAAUAUAUAACAGGAGAAAUUAGUUAAUAGUAAGAUUAAAAGGUAAGUAAAAUGUCCAUGAGGAAAAGUUUCUCUGAAAAACUUUAAAGUGGAAUCACAAACUCUUAACUGCACUUGAACUUGAAACAAAACUGGAAAUUUUGUACUAAUUGCAUCCUUUGUUUGCCUUUUUUUUUGUAUUAGUGAAACGUUUUAAUUGCUCCUUCUGUAUCAUUCUCCCCUGCUGGCAGAUCACAUUCCAUGCUUUUUAUUGCAGACAGUGUCAGUGGACUAGAAUUACCGCUGCUAGGCCGUUAUUUUUAAGUGUUGUCAGAAGGACUUCACUUUUUGGUUUGACCAAGUAAUCUGGCAGAGUCCUUCUCUACCUGAUAAUACAUGAAUGUGUAGCAGUAAAGGUAAACAUUACAAACCUUGUUGUAUUCCUCAUACCCCUCUUGUUGCUUAUGGGCUGAUAAUUUUUUUUAAUUUGUAAGAAAAUUCCAAAGAGAUAAAUCCUUGUAUUGACACCAAAAAGGAAAAAAAAAAAAAAGAAGAAGAAAACAGUGUCUCAGACACCUUUUCAUUUUUUUCUUAACUGUAGUUGAGAAGAAAACACUUCAGUUGUAUUUUGAACCAUAGCAUUUAUUGGUGCUAUGCAGUCACAUUCCUUUCAGCCAGUAGUAAAGUGAUGGGUGAGUGUUAAACAGCACCUGAAUGGUACUGCUUCCAAAAGCAGCACUUUGAACUGAAUGUGCUGAUUUGGUUCAAGGAAGUAUGUUGUGGGAAGGAUAUUUCUGUGUAAAUUUGCAAAUUUAUUUUGUCAAGUUUCAUAAGCAAGAUUUAGAAUAAGUUCUGGCUGUUGAUCAUAAUUUAGCCCAUUUAAUGGCCCCCUUUACUCAAAAGGUUCUUAAGCAGUUAACUGCAAUUUAGAGUUUGCAAAUAACUUGUAGCUUAAGGUGUUAAUUUCAUUUAAUUCUCCUGUGGAGAAUAUUGCUUUAUUUUUUACUAGUUAAAGGUCAGUUCUUAAAACAAAUAUGGAGGUUUUAAUGAAUGUUGUAUAAUAUUUUAUAGUGAAACGGGAAAAUAGUUGAAAGGGUAAAGACUUUAUCUUUCCCUUGUAUAUUUAAAUGUGCCAAUCACCUAAAUACAUGCUGUUUUUAUAUGAUGAGAUGCUACUACAAAAUUUUUCUGUUGGAGUGCUCUCUACAUUUUGGUUUUCAUAUCUGAAUGAUCAUUGCAUUUUCUGUAUCUUAAAAAAUGGCUCCAGUUUUGUGUUUGAAGCUUCAGCUUAAGUUAUCUUAAGAGGAAGUUUAUGUUCUAAUUCUUUACUGAGAAUACAGUAUUGAGAUUCUCACUGUUUUGUAGAUAACUGCUUUUUAAAUUUUUAUUCAUUAAGUUCAUUUACAUCCCACAGCCCUCUGUAAAUGUUUCCCCCAGUUGUAUGUACCUAAAUGCACGCUUAUCCAUUGUACAUAUUAGACAUUUUUGUGCUAAAAUAUAUUAAGUGGGAUUUUUGUAGCAAAGCAUUCUAUUUUUCUGUUCUUACAGUGUGUGUAUGUGUGUUUUUUUUUAACAUUAACCUUCAGUUUAAACACUGGUGUAUUUUUUUUAAGCAACUUGACUCUUAGAAGCCUUAGACUAAUUUUUAAAAUAAAUAUUCAACCAAAAAUUAUAAAUAUAUUAAGAUGUGGCCUUACGUAUGGCAUUCCUUGUGUUUGUAAUAUGAGAUUUUUAAUCUAGAGAAAUCAAGGUUGAAGGUUAAAGUUUUGUCGUAGGUUUAACCAUAAAAUGUGUUAAAAAGUGUCUAGGCUUCUGGGAAAAAGUUCUUAUACUCUUCUUUCUUGACAUUAGAAAGAAGCAAUAUGAGUAUGAAUAUUCAAAAUAUUCAGGCAGUUGUAUCUUCAGAUUGAGUCAGGUUUGUUUUAACUAAUGUUUCUUUAAAAUUUCAGGUUUUUGGCAUUCACUCUCUUGAGAGUGCAGCUACUGUGUUUUUUUUCUUCAUGAGUUGUGUAAACCUUGGUUACAUACAGAUGUUAAUGUUUUUGAAGACUUCCUGUUACAUUAAUUAACAUCUCUUGUUAUGGAAGUCUUAAAAUAUUAGGUAGAAUUUAAUUGAAGUCACACAGAUCUUGAAAUGGUGUUUGUGGAUAGUAAAUACUACCAAGAAUUUUUCAUGUGGGAGUAUCCUAAAACUUCACUCACCAUGGGUGUAAAUGUUUUACAUUAAUUUCAUAAUUGGAUGGACCCUGCAUUUAGUGAAAGCAUUUCAUUUUGAAGGUGUGUUCUUUUUGUCCCACGGUUACUGCGUAACACUUCUCAGCAUUUUGUAAGUUAUUUUCAAAUAUUAUGGCAAACUCAUGUUUAUUUUCUUACUUUGAAAAUUGUAGUACUCAGGUGGUAUUUAAUGGGAAAGGAUCCUUUGGGUAAAUCAUAAUGUAUUCUAAGGAAUGCAUCUAUAAAGCAUUGUUGACUUAGCCUUAAAAAAAGGUCUAUUUAUUCUUCUUCCUCUCCAUCCCAUGGUAUAUUAUAGCUAACUAGUUUACAGCCCUGUGCAGCCUUACAAAAAUUGUUUUACAAUUUUUAAUGGAAAGCCCUUAACAAACAAAAUGUAUAUUACCAAUAUCCAUGAAUUACUGAAUCAGUUUGUAAAUAAUUUGUGUAAUAUCAGAAGGCCAAAGAAAGUCUUAAAAUUUUAGCUAUUGACUCGUGACUUCACAAUAAGAUUUCUGUGCAAAAGGUAAGGUAUUUGAUCAAAUAGACAUCUUUUUGAUGUCCAUAAGAACUAGACUUCCAUAUUAGCUUCUAUUAAAAAGCUUAUUACAUUUUAUUAAAAUGUUUGUAAUUAUGUUUUUGUUUUAAUGUUUACUUUGUCUUUUCUUUCUUUAGCAUUUAGGUGACUGUUCAGCAGUUUGCUAGGUGACCAUUGUUGGCCCUAAACUGCACUAGUAACAAGCAUGGUAUUUAUCUUGUAUUGAAAAUAAAUAAAAGAGUUUUGAUAAUA